UUUAAACGACCUUAUUGUCUCUAGCUCUAGAAAGACCACGAUGAUUUCUUUCUAGCGCCAGCAGCUGUUUUCUCUCGAAACUUUGCUUUUUUUGCCUCUCACACGAGCGAGCAGGAGAAAGGCAAGGCUGGGGGAUCCAGAUGCGAGGAGAGGGAAGGAGAACUCGGCGGAUGGUCUGAGCUGUGCCGAGGCAUUGUUCACUGCUGCCUCUCGGUUACGUUUAAAGGCUGAAAUAUCACGAGAUCCACUCAAUGAUCCUUUUCUAAUUCGAGGGACAAAAUGUAAUUUGCUGUAGCUCUGCUUUCUCGGAUGGGAAUACUAUCCCCAGGUUUCAGAGGGAAGAACUAGGCAUCGCGGUUCGCACACACACGGAUCACAUGGAUUAAGUUGAACAGCGGCGAUUACAUCUGCGCUGAGAGCAACAGUAGUCCAGGGCUGACUUUUGAAAUCUCAGCCCUCCGAGUUAGAGGCUCCCUUGAAUAGACUUCCUCCAUUCCCGGAUGCACUUCUCCAAAUUCCCACUUCUCUCUCGAAUUCCUGUGAAAUUGGGGGCUUGCCUGCAUUUCGCCUUGGCAUGCAAAACGGCGUUUUCACAGAGUGAUUAUGCGCUUUCUUUUAGCUGUACCUGACGGGGUAACACGAACUCUACGCACCAUAUUGCCAACACGCGGAGUGGAUAUUGACGUUUGGGAUUUAAGAUUUUUAUUUUUUUUUUCCUCCGUCGAUUUUUUUGCCAAGUCACAGCAGUAUGAGAUGUCUCAUUAAUCUCGCGGAUGUGUCUAAUUCUGGAUGUGCAGUGAUACAUAAAAGUGCUGGUGUUUAUAUCCAGCGGAACACUGGAUGCACGGCAGAGAUUGGUGAUUUUUUUUUCGCAGCGCCUAACGUGCAAACCGCAAGCAUCACUUUAACGUGACAAGGGAGAGGCAUGCAGCUAUCGCAACAUUUGCGAAAUCCUCGUUCUUGACACUCGAAUAAUUUAACGUUCCUAAGAAGAGGUUAAACCUUCAUGCUGCUUCUUCAAAUUGAUUUUAAGGGGCUGCUAUAAAUGGAGCAUCAAAAAGCUUCGUCAGGGCUACUCCGAGCGGAACAUGCAAACUGCGAGCCAGAAGCAUCCUAGCCCGAUGCAAUAUCGUACAUUGUGUGUUCCAGCACUUUUUUGUUAUUACGUAAAGGCUCUUGGAAGCACCUUGGAUAUUUUACAUUCUCCUUUCUCUGCUGGAAGCAAUCAGCACGCAGGAAUCCUGACGUGGGCUCUGGGACUAUAGGACAUUCCAGCUCGUGAUCCAGCACGGUUAAUCGUGAAAAGUGUAUACAUUUCUGGCUUAUCUAUGCUUUGUUAUGGGUCUGACGUGAGCUCACGUCCUCCUCCCCCCUCCUGCAAUAUUACAGGCAGAAUUUCAGUUAAAAGUGUUAUAGUAUCACGGUGCAGGAGCCCGUGAUAUUCCGGCAGCAAAAAAACCUUAGUCCCCGGCUAUAAAAAGCUAAUUAAGCAGAAGAGGAAAAUCAAGAGAAACUCGAAAAUGUAAGUACUCCCUCUCGUUAACAACCGAACAUUUAACUUUGGAGCCUCAGAAGGGGAAAUACCAGGCUGUUCUGCACGUUUUCGCUAAGCUUCAUUUUCCACACAAUGCAGAAUAAAACGCUAGUUUAAAGCGGCUACGUUACCGAAGGAUUUUCCAUCGCUACGAUCAGACUUAUGUCCUUUAAAUUCAUGGCAUGCACAAAAGAGCAACGUUUGUCCAAAACAGGCUGAAAAUACACGGAACGAUAGGAGGGAAAAGCAUACAAAUCCUUCCUCCGAAGCUAGCGACGAGGAAGUCUGAGAGGGCUGAGUGUGUUUGAGCUCGGAUUGUUUAAUAGAAAGAUUUAUAUACUAACUGUAUUAUUUACUUUGGGAGGGGAGGUGGCAGUAUAAGGGUAUGCUAAUUAGUGGGAGAUUUUUUGGGGGAAGGGGUGGAAUAUCAAUUUUUAUUGCAUCACCUGUCAGGAGUGUCCAAUCAGCGUUGGCUUUAGGGGAAUUAAUUGAUGAAGGUGUCUCCGGACGAGCUCACUUCACUCUGUCAUUUUAUUUGUAGCUAAAGCAGCGGCGGGAAUAGCAGCUGCAUUUCUUUUCUCUUCCUCCCUUCACAUUCCAUUAUCAUAGUUUCCAAUGGAAAAGCAGGGAAUGAAAGGGAACAGGUACUGAUCUUCAGCAGCAACUUAGACAAACACUUUGGCAAACCUGAUUUUUAAGAUUAUAUAUUGAUUGUAGCCUCGCGGUAUUUUUUAAUUUAUUUUUUAACAUUUUGUCUAAAGUUUGGCACUUCAUUCACCAGGAAUAACAGCCUUUGUUAUAUUUUAUUAGCAGGAUGCCUUGAGACAAAUACAGCAUCUGGCUGAGGAUUGUGUGUGUGUGGCUUUUUCUUUUUUUUUUUUUCCUUUUUUUUUUUUUUUUCAUCUCUCUCUCUCUCUGCAAAUGCUGGGAAUAAUUUAAUUCACGAAAUGGGAGACCUGAAGUCGGGUUUUGAAGAGGUGGAUGGCGUGAGGCUCGGCUACCUCAUCAUUAAAGGAAAGCAAAUGUUUGCACUCUCCCAGGUUUUUACAGACCUGCUCAAAAACAUCCCGCGAACUACCGUGCACAAGCGAAUGGAUCAUUUAAAAGUAAAAAAACAUCACUGCGACUUGGAGGAGUUGAGGAAGCUCAAAGCCAUCAACUCCAUCGCUUUCCACGCCGCCAAAUGCACCCUGAUCUCCAGAGAGGACGUGGAAGCCCUAUACACAUCCUGCAAAACCGAACGGGUUCUUAAAACGAAACGGAGGAAACUAAGCCGGGCGCUGUCUGCCACCGAUCUCCGGCCGGAGCUCGCUCCCGCCGACCCCUUCUCCGGCUUCUGGAAGGAGAACAAACUUUGGUUGGGUCUGAGCGACUCUCCUCGGCCGCUGCUGCCCGUCCGGAGGAAAGCUCUGCGCCCGGGGGACACAGCCUUGCUACCGGCUGCUCAUCUACCUCACAUUUUUAGUAAAUACACUGGCCACAGCUACCCAGAAAUCGCUCGGGCGCCUUGCAAAUCCCCCGUAAACUAUGAAACGGCGCCGGCGGUGGGCGGCUGCGUGCCCCUGCGCUCCCGCCGCCCUCUCGCCGCCGCGGCGCGGCCCCGGCUCCCGGCCGCCGGUCCCCCGCCCCUGCCCGCCCGCUGCCGCCGCCGCCGCCACGGGGCGGCCGCUGCCGCCGGCACGCUGGGCCCCCCCGGCGGCGCCCGCCGGCCCCUGGCCCUGCCCCGGCCCUGCCGGCCCCGCGGCGUCCCGCGGCUGCCGCUGCCUCUGCCCCGCGGCUUCGGGCCGCCCGCCUUUCCCGAGAGCGGCAGCAGCGACUCGGAGUCCAGCUGCUGCUCGGGCCGCGCCGCCCACGACUCGGACUGCGGCUCCAGCCUCUCCAGCUCCAGCGAGGGCAGCUCGGAGGAGGAGGACGAGGAGGAGGAGGACGAGGAGGGCAGCGGCGCCUCGGACUCCAGCGAGGGCAGCUCGGAGGAGGAGGAGGAAGAGGAGGAGGAGGAGGAGGAAGAGGAGGAGGAGGAGGACAGCACCUCGGACUCCGACUCCAGCUCGGUCUCCAGCCAGGUUUCGGUGCAGAGCAUCCGCUUCAGGCGCACCAGCUUCUGCAGCCCGCCCGGCGUGGUCCACGCCAACUUCUUGUACCAUCUGGCGGCCGCCGCCGCCUCCCGGCCCCCGGCCCCGGCGGAGCCCGGUGGGCUGCCCGCCCUCCGCGGCGCUCCCGGCGGAGUCAAGCCGGAGCUGCCGGAGGAGUGGGGCCGCCCCGGCUGGGCUCCCACCGCCCCGGCGCUGCGCUGCUCCGGCGGCCUGGGGAGCUGCUUCGCAGAGAUAAGAGAUGAUAGGGUAUCCGAACUCACAUUCCCACACUCUGAAUUUUCCAAUAAUGCCAAGAGUACUGACCUAACAAUUAACUGUGUUGCAAAGGGGGCCUCUUCACCUAGCCCAAAGACAAACAAUGCAUUUCCACAACAAAGAAUACUCAGAGAGGCAAGGAAAUGCCUUCAAGCAACUACUACACACCGUGCAGAUAACAAUACAAUAGCUGCUAGGUUCUUAAAUAAUGAUUCUUCAUCAGCGGCAGCAAAUUCAGAGAAAGAUUCCAAAAUCCCUCAUUGUAUUGAAUUUGCCACGGAUUUGCCCUCUUUACAAACUGAUCCUGCGGAGGAUGCUGCUUCUCCAGGGGCAGCAGCAGCAGCUGAGCUCCAGUGCACUGAUACAGGCAAUAAGGCAUUGCCAUUCCUGCACAGCAUUAAAAUCAAAAUAGAGGACAGCAGUGCGAGCGACGAGUAUGAGCCUGAUCUUACAACACAUAAGCUAAAGUGUGAGUGCAAUGAUACUAAGGAUGAGUUUUACGGUGCGACUGAGAGUAAUAACCAGGACGCUUUAUUAACAGCCAAGGAAGAUUCUGCAUGCACUGAGAAAGAGACCACUUCCUUAAACCCACUGACUCAGAGUCAGGUCCUCUCAUGCACUUUAGGUACUCCAAAACCUGAGGAUGGGGAGUAUAAAUUUGGAGCAAGGGUGAGAAAAAAUUACAGGACACUGGUUUUGGGAAAGCGACCUGUACUGCAGACUCCUCCAGUCAAACCAAAUUUGAAAUCAGCUCGAAGCCCACGUCCUACAGGUAAAAUCGAGACACAUGAAGGAACACUGGAUGAUUUUACAGUUAACAAUAGACGCAAAAGGGUAGCCAGCAAUGUAGCAUCAGCAGUGAAAAGGCCAUUUAAUUUCAUUGCAAAUUUUCCCUGUCCACCAUCACUAAUUAUUGGCAAUGAUGGGGAUUUGUUGCCAGCUUAUUCCUUAAACACCACUAAGGAUUCCCAACCACCUCACAAGGCCCAUCCUGUAUGGAAAUGGCAGCUGGGCGGUUCUGCAAUACCUCUUCCACCUAGCCACAAAUUCAGGAAAUUUAAUUAAUAAAGUAGUUUGGAAAAUAUUUUCUUGAACCACCUUUAACUUUCUUACCGUUUUUGGUUUUUUUAAAACUCUGCAGCAUGGUUUGUACAAACCCAUUAAUGCUAUACACACUUUUGGAAUCCUGUUUUAUCACAUUGUGAAGACAGAAACCGGAUUACUAUUUUAUUUAUCAUUACAACAGUGGGGUUUUCUUAUUUUGGGGGUUUGGUGGGUUUUUUUUUUUUUUGGUUG